AUGGAAAAUGAUAGUGGUGAUGAUUCAACACUAUGGGGUGCUACCAAUGAAAAGAUUUAUAUAGAUGUUAUGGUAGAUUUGAUAAACAAAGGUGGUAUGAAAGAUGGUCAGUUCAGUUCAAAGGAAUGGACUAAUAUGCUUGAAGCUUUGAAUAAUAAAUCUAAAAGAAACUACAACAUGAAGCAAAUUAAGCAGAAAUUCAAUAGGCUUCGAAGUAAGCAUCGUGAGUUUAGUGAGCUGUUGCAACAAACUGGAUUUGGUUGGGAUGUUGAAACUAAUACUGUGAAUGCUACAGAUGAAAUGUGGCAAAACUAUAUACGGGUGCAUCCUAAAGCAAAUCAAUUUCGAAAGAAAGGAUGUGAGCAUUACAAGCUAUUAGGAAUUAUAUUUAACAAGUCAACUGCUACUAGAGUGUUUCGUCAUGCAUCUACUAGUGAUUCACCCAAUACUAAUGAUGGGAUGGAAUUGGAGGCUGAGAGUGCACAUGUUAGCAUUAGUCAUGAUGAUCCCCUUUCUACUCUCGAUAAAUUAACAAGCAAUUUGAGGAAAAGCACUGCAUCAUCUAGCUUAGAACGUAGAAGUAAAAAGGAAACUACGUCACAACAAAUAAGUGAUGCAAUCCAAGCAUGGACUGAGACAGCAAAGGCAAAGAUAGAAGUUGCUAAAGCUAAGGUAGAAAAAUAUAAAAGUUUCUACACUGUGGAUGAUAAUAGUAUUGGUAAUGCAAAAGAUUGUUCCAUUGCUACAUGUGUGAGCCUUCUUGAAGCAAUAGAUGGAGUUGACAAUGCUACUUAUCUUAAAGCAGUAGAAAAGUUGAAAGAGAAAUGUAUUGGUGCAAUUGAUGGCACACACAUAAGCAAAUAUGUUGCUGCUGAAAAGCAAGGCACUGCAAAUGAUUCAAGAGUUUUUCUUGAUGUAAUUACAAGAUCUGAGAAUAAAUUUCCAUUACCUAAAGAAGGUGAAUAUUAUGUUGUUGAUUCUGGAAUUCCAUGUACUGUGGGUUUUCUUUCUCCAUUUCGAGGUGAAAGAUAUCAUUUGCAAGAAUAUCAUGGUAGAGGUCGCCAACCAAGAGGACCAAAAGAAUUGUUUAAUUAUAGGCAUUCAUCACUUAGAAAUGUUAUUGAACGUUAUUUUGGUGUGUUGAAAGCGUGGUUUCGAAUUUUGAAAAUGAUGCUACCUUACAAGCAAAGUAGACAGCCUUUGGUAGUUAUAGCUUGUUGUACACUACAUAAUUCCAUUCGAAAGUGGGCACAAAAUGAUGUUAUGUUUAGACAAUGGGAAGAAGAAGAACAAAAGAUUGAAGAUGAAGAAACUAGUACAAGUGGAUCAAACAAUAGUAUAGACUUGCCAGACGAAGCAGCAACAACUAUGGCAGCUUAUCGAAAUAAGCUUUCACAAGUAAUGUGGCAUGACUAUGUUAGUCAUAUGUAA